GCGGCCUCCGGUGGGACAGGCGGUGGAAGUGGUGGAGAGGAAAGUGGAAGGGGGAGAGCCAGGCGGAGUAAAGGUCUCUGCCGCCGAAGCCCCGCGUUGGGGCGUGACAGUAGUCCCGAAAGGCCUAGCCCCAGUCGGCUGGCAGCACGGGUGAGAGGGGGCUGCGAGAGAAUGGUCAGCCAGGUAGGGACAGAGGAGCCAAGCGGAAGACCCGGGCUGGGGAGCGCGGCUUCGUCCUGAUGCCCUGACCCGAGGGCGGCUGCCUGGGGUGGGUACCAAGCCCAGCUCGAGUUUAGACCACUCGUCAAGUCUCGGGAGAGCGCGCAGCACCCGGGUUAGCGGUCAGAGCAUGAGGGGCUGCGUCUGGAGGGAAUGACAGAACUGUGUGAACAGAAGAACCUGCGGGGCUGGAGAGCAAACCCAGGGACCUUAUACUAGUUUCUCUGGAACAAGAUGGGAUACCACUCUGGAAGUUUCGUGUAGCCUUUAGGAAAAACUUCAUCUUUUUCUUCUGUAAGCUGUCACCAUGACCCUGACAAAAGGUUCUUUCACCUACUCCAGUGGGGAGGAAUAUCGUGGAGAGUGGAAGGAGGGUGAGAAGGACCCUGAGGGGAUCCAGUGAUGAACAAACACUUCAUUCAGCUGAAGGAAAAUACAUCAGGAUAGAGAGCCAAUUUUAUGGAUCCUCAUUUCUUACUCCAGGGCUUAAUUUCACACAGUGCCUUUCCUUUGUUCUAUUUUAGGAUUAAAUAAAGGAAUUAGAGAAUGCUGUUGUUAAUCUAACCUGCACAAAUAAGUUGAAUCUUUCCAAAAUUCUAGAUUUGCAGUGUUAUAAUAUCCUUUCAUGCUUUAGUAGGAUUGAGAUUUUCUUAAAUAAAUGAUAAUGUAACCAGAAGAACAAAAUGAAUUCUUUAAAAGCCAGUAAAUUGAGUACAGAAUUUGUUGCAGUGUCUUGAUUACAGUGAACCUUAAAAAGUUAAAGAAGAUCUGGAAAUUAGGGCAGACACUUAAGACCAAAUGACAUUCAUUCCCUUGAAUUUCCUGUGACAGACAGCUCGUUACAUUUGGAAGUAUCUAUUCAUAGGAAUAGAAAAACUCUUCAGAGCCUGAGACCAGGCAGGAAGUGGUUUAAUGAUGUUCGGUUUGGAAACACAAUCUGGCCAUUUAAAGACUCAUGUGUCCAGUCCUAGUCAGCCAGGAACUGCCUGGAGGAGACUGGAUCUCCAGUGCAGCAGGUGAUAUACCCUUGAGCCAUGAGGAAUUGUGCAUUUUGUGACCUUGCCUCCUUCUGUCCCAAGUCUUUUCUCCCCUCCCCCAACACUUGCUGUCCCCUUUAAUACAGCCUUUUAGAGGAGAGACUUGCUGAGGCUCUGCUGGGUGGUCUCUACCCACCGAAAGAACGCCCUUGCACUGUCUGAACAGCAUGACUGCUUCCCAGCAUCUUGCCCAGGUUUUCUGGUCAGGCCGCAGGCAUGGUUUUGGUCAACUGCUGUUUGCAGAUGGUGGGACCUAUCUGGGUCAUUUUGAGAAUGGGCUCUUUAAUGGCUUUGGGGUACUGACCUUUUCAGAUGGUUCAAGGUAUGAGGGGGAGUUUGCCCAGGGCAAGUUUAAUGGCGUCGGAGUCUUCAUUCGGCAUGACAACAUGACCUUUGAGGGGGAAUUUAAAAAUGGUAGAGUAGAUGGUUUUGGCCUGCUGACUUUCCCUGAUGGUUCUCAUGGAAUACCCCGCAACGAAGGUCUAUUUGAGAACAAUAAGCUGCUGCGGAGGGAGAAGUGUUCUGCGGUAGUUCAGCGGGCCCAGAGUGCCUCCAAGUCCGCCAGAAAUCUCACUGCUUGAUGAGGCAGUGGGCACAGCUGGAAUAGUGUCAGUAAAGCCCAUGACCACCUGAGAUGAACAGAAUGAACCAGAUUUCAGAUGAGAUGAGGAUGACCACGGAGCCGAAGCCUGUGAUGUGCCCCAUCACCUGCCAAUCAGCAAUUUGAUCACAGAAAGUGCUAAGGAUUUUGGCCCAAAGACCCCUCAGUGGUUAGCAGUUCUGUCUUUUCUUGAUGCUUAUUUGCUGAAGACAGGAGCUGUGUUUUCUUACUUGUCGACAUUUCCUGUUCCUGAGACCUGGGGUUACCCAGUACAGAGUGGCUGCGGCCUUCACUCCAUUUACUGCCAAGUGAUUCAGAAUGUCCUCAUUCUGCCUAUGUUUGGGGCACAUGACCCUAGCCCCCAUAGGGCCAAUGCUGUGUGCUGCCCUGGCAAAAUGAGGUACAAGAUAGACAGUACAGUGACCCUGUGAAAGUCGGGCCAGAACUUCUCUGUACAUGAGCCCCUCAUUCAGUGCAGUUUGAAUCCUGACUCCAGGCUCCAACUUUGUCUGAUCAGACUAGUCUUUGUGUCUGCUUAUUUCCCCUGUGAAGGAUCUGGUAAGAGUGUUGUUUUCUUCUUUCUUGACUUUACAAGUCAUGUUCCUUACCUGAGUUAGGGCAUAUAAUCCAAUCUCCAUUUGUGUCUCUCCGUUCUUAGAGUCUAUCAGAGAGAAUUCCUUUGUGGCAUAGUCAAGAAAGAAACUGAUGUAAUAGUAACCUCAUAAGUUGUAUUCAUUACUCACUCCAGGUCAAGGGGCAGACAUAUCCAGCCUCAAGGCCUUCCUGGGGAGUGGACUAAGUGCUGGGGAAGGCCUGCAUCGACACAGUUCUUUCCCUGUAGGUGGUAGAUCAGACUCACCUACACCCCUGGGUGUAGGUAGACUCACACCCACCCUGGGACUGUGGUGAACUAAAAGCAUUGGCUGUUCCUCGCAUUUGACUUGCUAUAACUCUCCCACCAAGAGCCUUGAUCUUCAGGCCUUGGUCAGAUUUUGGAAGGUGGAAUCCCUAUACAGUUCAUCAUGAGGCCUCCAGUUACCACAGGACCCAGACAUACCCCCAGCUCCCAUCCUCACACCGAAUCUCCCUCAACAGCAGACUAUGGUGGAAAUUAUAACCGUGUGCCUCUAUUUAUUCUGUGAACUGUAUUGUAGAAUCAAGUGUUCAUAGAAAUAAACAAAUCACCAGAUCUGCCUAUA